AAUUUGAUGCGAUGUUUAUGGCCCUAAUAAUGAAAACCCUAAUGAAAAAAUCUUUGCUCUUCGGUCUCAUCGAUGCGGCUGUGUAGCUGUGGGGAUGGCGUUUGAGAUUCGUGAGGAUGACGUUCCUGCUUCCUCCAUGAAUCUGCAACUGACGGAGUUAUAGCUUCGUGUUAAAUUUGUUGAUUCAUUGACACACGAUGUCCGGUGUUAGUUCCGUCCUUUGGCUUUCACACCGUCCAAAGAAAGUACACCAAUUACAGAUCCAUGCAUUUAUCAUGUUCUUAACUCCUUCAGCCACAAUUUCUGCAUCAAUAUGUCGUCAUCUUCUGAGUAACGGUGUGUCUACGGAUAUGAAAAGAGAAGAAAAGAAGAUGGAUGGUCUCCGCACUUGCUCCGCCCCUUCUCAUCCUCUCCACUCUUCUCGCUUCCUCCCUAAGUCCAAGCGUCGCCGACCACCAUCUGCUUCUCUACGCCCCCACGACGUCGUUGCCCUCAAAAGAAGAGCCUUUGUUAUUGCGGGUCUCUCCGUUAUUCCCUUCUUCCAGCUUCGAUCUCCUGCUCUGGCCGAUGAAAGUGAGUUACUCUUCUGCAUUGAUGUAAAAAAAAUUGUUAUCUUUCAUUGUCGUGAGUACUUUCUCUCUCUCUUUUUUAUUUUACAGGAGAUGACAGUGAGAUUAAGACAUCAAAGCUUAUUCAAGAAACUGAGUUCUGGUGUUCUUGGUGCCCUCUGUGCACUUGAUCGGAAAGAUACAAAGCUGCUCAACAAACCAUCGAAUCUCUAAAGAACCAGUUGAGAGACAGAGAAAGAGCAUUGGUUUCCUUCUUGCUUCAGUUCUUUGCUGAUUCAAUUCAAUGAUUCAACCUCACUGAAUGAGAUAACCGAACCGCAAUCUCCAUUGCCUGGAGAAGGAUUCCGGAUUCGUAAUCUGACCGAGCACCUUGGAUUAGCUAACACAAACACUCAGCUCCCAGACGUUGUAGGUGAUCCUCCACAAGAAAAAAAUCAUGUCAUGGUGACUAUCAAGCUGGAUAAGUUUGCAUAUCUAACUUACUAUAUCACGUUUAAACAUAAGUUUUAUCUAACUGCUGAGGUUGAAAGUGGAGGGAGCAGUAGUCAGUCAACGUUAGGAGCUGGUACAGAGAAGGUGGUCAAGAGGGCGCAUAUGGCUUAGAUUGGAAUAACAAGAUCUAUGGACGCAAUACUCUGCAUUUGAAUAAUGCUUAUGCAUUGAUUUUUCCUUUCAUGUUUGCUUUUUCUUACUUUUGUCUUUCCCCACUUUAUGGGUGUUAUAUGUUUGAUUCAGAUUUCAGACACUCUUCAUCAUAUCUACUAAAAAUUACUUUAUGUUAUAAUAA